AUGAUAGGAGAGAAGCACCUGGUCCUUAGCACUGGUCGACCGCAGAGUGAAGUUAGGAGGUGGGUCGAACUCCCCACUGUGCUACUCCAGCCCCCGAAGUCAGCAAUGCUGUGGCCAAGCCCCAGCAGUGCGAAAAUCAUCAUAAAUUGUAUGUGGAGGGGAGUGAUCGCCCUGGGAAGGAGGGCUAGCAAGGCCCCUGAGAAGGAAGUGAUCCUGGGCAGGCAGUCCUCCCAGCUGAAGGUGGGCAUCGUGGGGAUGGCCAAUAUCGGGAAAAGCAGCACUUUUAACCUGCUGAGCAAUCUGGACGUGCCUGCCGAAAACCGUCCUUUUUGCACGAUCGACCCUAACGAAGCGAUCGUCAAGGUCCCUGAUCCCCGCUUCGAGAGACAUCGCCACUACAGGCCUAGAAAGCAAUCUCCUGCAGUGCUGCAUGUCACCGAUAUCGCGGGCCUCGUCAAAGGAGCUUCAGAGGGCUUUGGGCUUGGCAAUUAGUUCUUGUCGCAUAUUUCGAAGGUGGAUGCCUUGCUGCACGUCCUGAUGUUUGAGGGUGAGGAGGUUGCUCACACUGAAGGCGGAGCUGAUCCGGUCCGCGACUUCGGGAUUAUCAACGAAUAGCUUUGCAAGAAGGACUUGUCGAUGGCGGAAAAGGCUGAGGCCACAGCUGGUCGCAAGGGAGGAGCAUCUAAUGAAAAGACUCAGGCAACGAUGCACAAGGCAGUUUGCAUGCUAAAAAAGUGCAGUUUCAUCCGAGACGGCAAGUGGUCACCCUCUGAGCUGUAGAUCCUCAACCGGUUUAACUUCCUCACCUCUAAGCCGAUUCUUUGCUGCCUGAACAUGUCUCCAGGCAAGGCCCCCUCUGCUGCGCUGGUGAGCCAGGUGGCGGAAAAGUACCACUGCCAGCCUUUUGAGUUCAGCGUGGCGGAGGAACAAAAGUAUCUGGCCACGCACGGGCGCAGCUCAGAAACGGUAUCUAGAUUGAUCCAGAGAGCGUACGGGUUGCUAAACUUGAUCCACUUUUUUACGGUGGGCCCGGAUGAGGUCAAGUGCUGGACCGUCAGGAAAGGCGUCUCGGUGGUGGAUGCCGCCUCGGAAAUCCAUACCGACUUGGCCCGAGGGUUCGUCUCGGCGCAGGUGCUCGGGUUCGAGGGGUGGAGCGAGAAGGGUGACUGGCUGGCCCGUGCUCAGAAGGUUGGCCGGGGCUACGUCGUGCAGGAUGGGGACCUGCUGGUGAUUAAUAGCAAGAUCAAGCGAUGA